AUGGCGGAGGGCGACUCUCAGGCCAGGUAUGCUGACUUUGAUGAUGGUGACAAUGACUUCUCUGCGGCCUCCCAACUCGGUGGUGCUCCUGUGCAGAGAGAAAAUGGAGCCAUUACUGCUAUCGACCCCAAAGCGGUCCUCUCUGCUGCUCUGCAGGAUGCAAAGCAGCAGAUUGACCAUUCAACACAUUUGCUACAGCAGCAGGCUGUCGAUCUACGAUUGCUCCUGAGCCAGUUGCCUCAUACAUGGGAUGCAAGUCCGCUUCGGGACGCGCUUGCCACGAUACAGACUCUCUUGUCUACAGCGCUUCCCGAGUCCCUUCUUGCGCUAUCAAGUGGCUUUGCGAAGCGCAAACGUGUGCCGAGUGUGCCUUCCACAAAUGCAAAGCGGCACAAGGGCCCAAUCCAGGCAGCCGCAGCCACCGUCAGAUUCGCAGAAUCGGCCACUGAAGCUCCCUCAGAAGCAACGACCGAUGACGUUUCGUCAGCGCCAUUGUCCACUGUUGCACCAGGUCCGAAGAAGCGUGGACGUCCACCAAAGGCAAAGGCACAGGUGACUCAAGCAGUCAUUGUUCCUGCCGACCCCAAGAAACGAGGUAGACCAUCAAAACCCAAGCCUGUGAGCUCAAGCGAGUUGGCUGUCGACCCUUCAAUUGUUGCGACUUCCGACCUUGUGAUUCCCAAUCAGAGACCCGAGGAGAAUGCUAUGACCGCUGCCACUAGCGAAGAGGUGACCAACAGCCCCUCAGUCUCAGUGGAGGCUCCUUUGUCGCUCACGCCCACGAUUGUCCCUGAUUCAGAUGCGCCGUCAAGUAUUUCAACAGAGCCAAAGAAGCGUGGCAGACCAAAGAAGGCGGCAGCUCUACCCAUUGCAAAUCUAGUCUCGGCAGAGGCCCGCACUACGCUUGAGGUACCGGGAACGCAGGACGCGAUGCCUGUGGCAGAAGGCAAAGUGCCAAAGCAGCGAGGUAGACCGAAAAGCAGUCCGACCGUCGAGCAACCGGCUGCUAGUGUUCGGCCUGGUGCAGACCAUCUCCAAGCCUCGUCCGAUGAGCGUGUCUCGAGCGAGCCGGAGCAAAUUGCUACUCCCAAGGGCACUUUGAGCACCCAAACAGACGCUACCGUGAUUCAACUGGCAGCGCCUCAGCCAGCGCUUGAAUUGCCCCUACGAGUGAUGAGUCCACAGCCUGCGGUUGCCGCAUCAAUUGUCGAAGUUGCUGGGACACCAGAGAGCGAUAGCAUGGUUAGCGAACCCGACGAUAGGCAAAGCAAGACCGACACAGGUCCUGACCCUUCGAGAGCAUCUACACCGUUGCCAGUGGCCCCGAGAAUCAUGGAUAUCUCACCAGUCUCAUCUGCGGCUGACGAAGAGGAGCAAGCAUCACAGGAGCCUGCCGAUGCCAAUGUGUCUCUUCCUGGGCCGUUCAUGGAUGAUUCUGAGGAUGACUUUGUCCCUGCUCAUCUGCAAGCAAGCAAAGAAAAUCCUGCACUCCCUCCAAUUCAGCCUCAUAUACAACAAGAACAAGUCAAGGCACCAGUUGGUGUGCCUUUUGAGAAGCCGUUGACUGCCGAGGAAAAGCUUGCAGCAAAGAAGGAGCGAGCUCGCGCAAGACGAAAGUCGUAUCUCGAUUCUAUCAAAAAGGCUCGAACAAAUACCAUGACACCGUCCUCGUCGGCUUCUCAUGGACACGGUCCGUUUUCGCCCACCCCGUUGCCACCAUUUCCUUCUCAGCUUGGAGACCACAUGUUCAUGUCUUCAUCACAGGCUUCACAGCCCAUGUAA